AUGGUUUCAACUAAUUAUACAAAGUUGCCCAAUAAUGAAGGAAGUAAGGAUAUAAUUGAAAGUGAAAAUAGUAAUAUUACAAAUGUAGAAGAGACAGUACAACAAUAUGAACAACAGAAUUUACACGAUGGAAAUAAUGAUAUAGAAAUUCAAGACUUUGAAUUACCUUCCCAACCCCCAGAUUAUGGUUUUAAUUCUUCUGAUAUGAUAAACAUUAACUUUGAAGAUGCAGAUUUAACUUGUGUAAAUAGAUCUUUUCAUGAAAAGUUGAAGAAUUUAGGUUAUGAUAUUCAUGGACAUUUACGAUCAAAAUUUAUUGACCCACUUUUUGCAUUAAUGCAUUUUUUCUCUGAGAAACUAGACCUUUAUUUGAAUAAAGUUGGUAAUCCACUGAUACUGAGGAGAUUUUUAUAUAUAAUAUUCAUGGGGGCCGUAGCGUUAUACGUAUUAUCUAGUGAUUACAUGUCGAACACUCAUACACGGGGUGCAAGAGGAUUGUUUUCUGAUCAUAGUUUGCUAUUGGAUUACGCCAAAAAAUCGAUAGAUUUAGCUAAAUUUGAAAAUGAUUUGGAAUACAUAAGUAGCAUGCCCCAUAUGUCAGGUACAAAGGGUGACAUUGCUAUCAAAAAUUAUAUCAGUGCUUCUUUCCAAAAUAAUGGCUUAAAAUUAGUAAAGGAGCACUUGUAUGGUGCAUACUCUAAUUAUCCUAAAUCUCAAUCAUUGCGAUAUUAUAUUAAUGGAGAUAUUGCUAAUAAAUUCGAUAUUAAAUUAACAAAGAAUAAUUUUAACCCAUUAUCUGCUCAUGGAACAGUUUUAAAAACACCGAUUAUUUAUGGUAGUACCGGUACAGAAAGUGAUUUCAAAAAUUUAAAAGAAAAUGGUUUGUUAUCCGGUAAGUAUAUUAUUCUAUUAGAUUAUGGGAAGGUUAUUAGUGAACAGGUGCUAUUAGCCCAAAAAUAUAAUGCAACGGGAAUAAUUUUUAUCUCAAAAGAAGACGUUAAUAACCCAGAUUCGAUUCAACAGAGAUCUGUCGGUAUUGAACAAUACUCUAAUGAAUACGAUAGCAUGAGUUUAGAUUCAUCAAGUGUACCUGCAUCAGACGCAACAGAUAAAAUGAUGAAUAGAUUUUCAAAAAUACCUACCCUUCCAAUAUCGUAUAGGGACGGAAGGACAAUUUUGCAGCAUCUUUCGAUUCGAGGAAUUAAGUUUUCUAAUGGUAAAUCCAGUGGUACUAUAGGUGACGUACUUGUGGAUCUUGCGGUUGAAACUGACGUUAAAGAGAAUCAUUUUGUCUCUGACAUCAUUGGUAAAUUUGAAGGGAGAGAACAAACCGACAAAGCAAUAGUCUUGUUAGCUUCAAGAUCAUCAUUAGGAUACGGAGCAAAAUAUCCAAACUAUGGUACUGCUAUGCUUCUAUCAUUAUUGGAAUUAUUCCAAGAAAUGAAGUAUAAAUAUAAUUGGAAACCUUUAAGAAACAUUUAUUUCAUAUCUACUGGCGGGAAUGAAUUUAAUCAUGCUGGUUCAACUAUGUUAGUAAAACAAAAAUUAAAAGCACUUAAAGACGAAAUAUAUACCGUGAUAGAUAUAUCUCAAAUCGGCAUUGAAAAUGAUAAUAGGGAUAUCAAUAUUCAAGCCCAUCCACUUUUACAAUCUUUUUUCAAGAAUAAGGAUAUAUCUGCAGAUUUUAAUAUCACUUUAACAGAUAUUGAGCAAUAUGGCGAUUGGUUUCCUUUUAUGACUGUUGGAAUACCAUCCAUAGUAAUUGCAGACCCUGCUGUUCAAAACAGAGGACCAUCAAUAGAAUCUCAAUCCGAUACAUUUGAAUCACUUCAAACCAUGCUUCAUAAAGAUGAAAAAACCAAACAAACAUCUGAUACGAUCUAUUUUAUUUUAAAAAUUGCUUUUAAACUAAUAAAUGAACCAUUAAUUCAUAUGGAUAUCAGUGACCACGUUAUAAAAAUUGAUAGCUAUCUGAAAGAUAUUGUUAAAAAUUAUAGUAGAGAACUCAAUGUCAACAAAGUCACUGAAGGUCUCCUAUUAUGGAAAUCUAUUGGCACUGAAUGGGAAAAUUGGAAACGAGGAUGGGAAAAUGUUGUUUGGACUCAUGGCCAAGGAUUAGAACCAUCUCUUCUAUCCAUAAAUCGUUGGACCUGGAAUAAAAAAUUGGCAAAUAUUGGAAGACGUCAAUGCUAUGGUAAGGGUAUUCCUGGCCGUCAAUAUCAUAAAAAUGUCUUAUUCGGUCCAACAUUAUUUACAGAAAGUUUUGAGGGCAAUGGAUGGGUUUUCCCUGGUGUAAUGGAUGCUAUAUACGAGAAUAAUUGGAAGGAGGCUCAAAAGCAAAUGGACAUUAUAGGUGAGGUUCUCAAAUAUUCUGCGAAGUAUUUUAUAGAAGAAACUAAUAUAAGAGACUAUUGA